AUGGGAGAAUUCGUGGUGAUUCUUGCUGCUGCUGCUUUUGUAAUAAGUUGCGGGAGUCAUGUUCAAUCAGUUGCAUCUGAUCAUCGCUAUAAAGCUGGAGAUCUGAUCCCUUGCUAUGUGAGUAGAACUGGUCCACUUUACAAUCCCAGUGAAAUAUAUGGCUACUACGAUCUUCCAUUCUGUCGCCCAGGUUUUGUCAAUGAGAAGAAGCAAACUUUACGUGACAUAUUGGCUGGGCAUCAAUUUUUCAAUGCUCCAUAUAAGCUUGAAUUCUUAGUAAAUAAAGAUUCUGAAGUUGUAUGUGAAAAGAACUUGACAAAGGAAGAAGUGUCUAAGUUCCAAGACGCAGAACAUCUGAUCGAGAUCUCUGCUCAAACUAACCCUUCUAGUUGCGUGGAAGUGACUGAGGAAAGGGAAGUUCACAUGAAAUUGAAAUAUACUGUGACAUGGAAGGAAACUAGCAGCCCUUUUGAGGAAAGGAUGCAGAAGAGUUUCCAUAAUAAGAAGUUAGCUGACAACAUAGACCAAACGGGAUGGAAGUUCAUCCAUGGUGAUGUGUUUCGAUACCCAUACCACAAGUCAUUGUUUGCUGCGGCCAUUGGUUCUGGAACUCAGUUGUUUACCCUAACAAUACUGGUCUUGGUACUAGGAACGGCUGGUGCUUUUCAUCCAUACGAGCAAGGAUACCUGUUUAUUGCACUAUUGGUCAUUUAUGCACUUACGUCAGCAGUUGCAGGAUAUACAUCAGCCUAUUUCUAUGGUCAGCUUGAAGGGACAGAAUGGGUGAGCAAUCUGUUACUUACAGGACUUCUUUUUUGUGGGCCUUUGUUUGCCAGAUUCUGCAUCCUUAAUAAAGUUGCAAUCGUUUACAAAGCAACUGCGGCAUUUCCCUCUAGCACUAUCGUGUUCAUCUUUCUUAUAUGGAUGUUAGUUGCAUUACCAUCGCUCAUAGUGGGUGGGAUUGCCGGGAAAAAUUGCAAAGCCCAUUUUCAGGCUCCAUGCCGCACCACAAAGUGUCCAAAACCUAUUCCGCCAUUGCGUUGGUAUAGGGGUUGUGUACCUCAGAUGUUAUUGGCAGGGUUUCUUCCUUUUGGUGUGAUUCUCAAUGAGUUGCACCACAUAUAUGAUAGUUCUUGGGGCCACAAUAUCUACUCCUCAUAUGGCUUCCUGUGUCUUCUCUUCACACUUCUGCUGAUUACCACUGCCUUGGUUACGGUGGUUUUGACCUACUUUCAGCUGGCUGCUGAAGACUACCGAUGGUGGUGGAGGCAGCCAUUGCAAUUGCUGCGCUCUAGUCAUUCCUCUGUGUUGGAUCAGUUGGAUUAUACCUUUAUGGCUAUUGCCUAA